UCUAUUUCUCCUACACUCUCGGUGGAGACACUUUGAAAAAUUCAGCGAACUGUGACUUCGUCCUACAGCCAUCCUUUAAAAAUGUCCGAUAACAUUCAUGUGUGUUCUACACUCGCGCCAAUUAAAACAACUCAAUACUAUAGGAUCGCACUGGUCCAGUUUUGGCGAGGCCAGAAAGAGCCCCUUAGGCCCUAUCCGCUUCACUGGGCACUCUAUGUCGAAACUGGUCCAGGUGUCGGCAACACCUACGAGAUCGCAGGAGAUCAGAGUACCUACACCUUUCGUAUGACAGUGAACCAGCCCCUUGCAAACAAGGAGGACUAUCGCAGAUGUUGUUAUCUUGGAAGAGUCUCGGAGGCCAAGCUCCCCAGAAUGGGGGCGAUCCUUGCAAAAAUUAAAGUCUUCCGAAAUUGUCCCGUUUGGAACAGCCAUGAUUGGGUGGAGACAGCUUUGAGGACUCUCAGGGACUCAGGUUUUCCCGUCCAUAGUGAAGAGGAGGUUCGGCCCGGGCGUCUUCAAGAUGAGAUGCUCUGGAAGCUAGAAGAUUGGCCUGGAAUUGAAGGUGUCGUCGAAUUUGUCGGUUACCAAUAUCUCGAGUGUGUAAUACACUCGAAGUCCCGGAGGUUGCGCAGAGAGGGUCAGGAGUAAACCAAGCGUUCUGGACUUGGAGGACGGAAAGUUGAAAGAAUUUGACAAGUUCCAUAGUCUAUAUUUGUUUGUAAUUUUGUAUCAUCAACAUUCAGCGCUCAGCUGAGUUACGUCCUUCGGCUGCCAUGAUACUAGCUAGGCUGCCAAACUCGUGCAGAGUAAGUAUC